UGGGAAUGACCCUUCAUUGUGCAUUUGUUUAUUUAAAACUGUUAUAAAUUAAAUUACUUUAAACAAAAAUGAUUGACAAACAUUAGAAAUAACUUUGUUUCAAAAUGUAUUUGGUAUCGAACAAAUCAGUCCAAAUUAAGGUAACUUUAGACAGAAAAGACCAUAAGUCUUGUACUUACAGUAGCCUUACAAGUUCAUUCAGUUAUGAAACAUGAAAAUGAACUGUUUAACUUAAAUGAAUAAUUUUUUUACAUUUACAUUACAUUUACAUUUAUUCAUUUGGCAGACGCUUUUAUCCAGAGCGACUUACAAAAGACUUUUUUGAUGGUAAAACUGCAUUCAAACAUAGUAACGUUAAAUGUGAUUUUUUUCAUGCUGUGUCGCUGGAGAUGGAUCGCAGCAAAUGCGGACAUAAACGCGAUAUGAAAUAUAGUUGAAAACCGCUAUUAAAAAUAAUUAUUUAUUUUCUGAGCUAAUGAGCUAAAGCGAAAAUGGUGCCUUUGGUAAACAAUCCGUUUCCAUGGCAAUUGGAACGAGACGCGUCACUGUUUCAUGACGUCACAGACCCAGUCAGUAUAAAAGGACUCGCCCUGGCAGAAUCUUUUUAGUUGAGUGAUGUUCGCAACAGAGACGUUUGUCUGAGAGAACUCUGUGAAAACAAACCUAGCAACACUUGUACAAACGCCAGUCCUUAUAGAUCGAGAUAUAUUUAAUCUGUACAGACAGUGUGUAUCAGAUAACAUUACAGUUCAAACUGACAUUACCAGAUACGGAUUACUUAUCUGUCAGUAUGAGAACCACAGACACAAUGUCCACAGACGUGAGAGAGGUGCUUCUGGAGGUUUACGUCAAUGACGCCUUCUACUUCGGUGACAGCUACUGGGCAUCAGAUGAUAAAGAUGUGCAGCUGGAGUUUGAGAUCACCGAUGACAUCUACGAUCUUAUCAGCGGCAAUGCAUCUCGAGAGUUAGAUGUGCAGCUGGAGGUUGUGACAGUGGAUCAUGUCUCAGGCAGAUACUGCAGUCCAGGAGAGAUGAGUGUGCAGCUGGAGGUUAAUGCUAGUGACAACAUCUCAGUCUGUGAAGUGAAAGAUUUGCAGCUGGAGAUGAACAGGAACGACAGCAUCUCAGAGCUGAAGAGUCCUACACUGGUCUCUGAAGAUCUGAGCGACCCAGCAGGACCUUCAGUGGAAGAGGCCAAUGAUCAGGGUGGCCUGGAUGCUGAGAACAGUCCAACAGGACUCACUGUUGGGGAGAUAACCAGGAAAAUGGGGGCAAUCUUCCAGCAAAUAUUUGCAGUUUUCCAGACAAAAAUGCCAGAAACUGUUGGGCAACCUGAAUUGGAUCUUCCCGAUCCAAAGGAAUCGUUUGUUCCAGAUCCAAGUGCUCCCAAGCCAGAACCUGAAAUGGAUCUGUUAGAUACCGAGCAAUCGUGUAUCCCUGAACCUGAAUUGGAUCUCGUGGUUCCUUCUGAACCUAAACUGGAUCUGGUUGAUCCAGAGGAAGCAUGUGCCAGCCCAAAAGAAACUACCAAAGCCACGAAGAAUAAGAAAGUUCUUGGCUUCGUUGUAACAAAGAAAGUAGAAUAUGCUACAGUGAGGAAUACGAAAAAAACCUUCCUCCAGAACGACAGAUCGAACUCAGCAUGGCCUGAGAUGGAUCUGAAUGUUCGUGAACCAAAACCUAUUGAGGAUUUGGUUGCUCCUCCUAAAUGGGAUCUGGUUGAUGCAGUGGAACUGUACACCCCGAGUCCUAGCGUUCCUGAGCCGGACUCUGAGGAGGAUCUUGAUGAUCCUCUUGAACGUGAAUGGGAUAAGGACUCGAUGGAAUUAUAUGCCCCGGGUUCAAGUGUUCCUGAGCCAGACGCUGAAGAGGAUCUGGUUGAUUCAGUGGAAUUGUACCUCCCGGGUCCAAGCGUUCUCAAGCCACGACCUGAAUGGGAUCUGGCUACUCCAGUGGAUUUGAGUGCACCAAGUCCAAGCGUUCUUGAGCCAGAGUCUACAGUGUUAUCUGAACUUGCAAGUUUGGAAAACUACGUCCCUUUAAACAUGCUCCAACUAGAGGAUCGUUUGAAGCAGUGUACACUGCUCAAACAAAGACAUGUCACCAAUGUCUGGCCCAGGGUCUUCAUCGGAGACGAAGAGGCUGCAACAGACCGAGAUAUGCUGCAGGAGAUGUGCAUCACUCACAUUCUGAACGCUGCAGCGCCCAAAAAGGACUUGAACUACUUCUUGGGAAAAUCUUAUGUUGAAGAUCUAGAAGGAACAGUCAAUACAGGGUCCAGAUAUUACAGAGGCUUGCACAUCAAUUAUUACAGCUUGCCUACAACGGACAGACACUGUUCUGACAUCAGCAAGUGCUUCAUGCCAGCUGCAAAAUUCAUUGACAAGGCCGUGAAUAAGCCAGGAAGUAAGGUGUUGAUUUGCUGCAAGCAGGGUGUCGACCACUCUGCGACUCUGUUUCUGGCAUAUCUGAUGAUCUGCCAUGACAUGAUGGUGGAGGAUGCCAUUGAUGACGUCAUAAAGUCGAGACGCAUCCAGCCCUCCAGAGACUUCCUGAAGGAGCUGAUGCUCCUCAAUGCUGACCUUGUGAACAAGCGAAAACUAACGCUAGAGGACAUAAAAAAGGGCAAAAAGAGGAGAAAAUGGCAGCUAAAAAAGAAGUGUAGAGAUAUACUAAAAGAUAUAAAAGAAAAUAAUGAUCUCAAAUUCAAACUGACAUUACCAGAUACGGUUUACUUAUCUGUCAGUAUGAGAACCACAGACACAAUGUCCACAGACGUGAGAGAGGUGCUUCUGGAGGUUUACGUCAAUGACGCCUUCUACUUCGGUGACAGCUACUGGGCAUCAGAUGAUAAAGAUGUGCAGCUGGAGUUUGAGAUCACCGAUGACAUCUACGACCUUAUCAGCAGCAGUGCAUCUCGAGAGUUAGAUGUGCAGCUGGAGGUUGUGACAGUGGAUCAUGUCUCAGGCAGAUACUGCAGUCCAGGAGAGAUGCGUGUGCAGCUGGAGGUUAACUCUAGUGACAACAUCUCAGUCUGUGAAGUGAAAGAUUUGCAGCUGGAGAUGAACAGGAACGACAGCAUCUCAGAGCUGAAGAGUCCUACACUGGUCUCUGAAGAUCUGAGCGACCCAGCAGGACCUUCAGUGGAAGAGGCCAAUGAUCAGGGUGGCCUGGAUGCUGAGAACAGUCCAACAGGACUCACUGUCUGGGAGAUAACCAGGAAAAUGGUGGCAAUCUUCCAGCAGAUUUGUGCAGUUUUCCAGGCAAAAAUGCCGGAAACUGUUGGGCAACGUGAAGUGGAUCUUCCCGAUCCAAAGGAAUCGUUUGUUCCAGAUCCAAGUGCUCUCAAACCACAACCUGAAAUGGAUCUGUUAGAUACCGAGCAAUCGUGUAUCCCUGAACCUGAAGUGGAUCUCGUGGUUCCUUCUGAACCUAAACUGGAUCUGGUUGAUCCAGAGGAAGCAUGUGCCAGCCCAAAAGAAACUACCAAAGCCAUAAAGAAUAAGAAAGUUCUUGGCUUCGUUGUAACUAAGAGAGUAGAAUAUGCUACAGUGAGGAAUACGAAAAAAACCUUCCUCCAGAACGACAGAUCGAACUCAGCAUGGCCUGAGAUGGAUCUUAAUGUUCGUGAACCAAAACCUAUUGAGGAUUUGGUUGCUCCUCCUAAAUGGGAUCUGGUUGAUGCAGUGGAACUGUACACCCCGAGUCCUAGCGUUCCUGAGCCGGACUCUGAGGAGGAUCUGGAUGAUCCUCUUGAACGUGAAUGGGAUAAGGACUCGAUGGAAUUAUACGCCCCGGGUUCAAGUGUCCCUGAGCCAGACGCUGAAGAGGAUCUGGUUGAUUCAGUGGAACUGUACCUCCCGGGUCCAAGCGUUCUCAAGCCACGACCUGAAUGGGAUCUGGCUACUCCAGUGGAUUUGGGUGCACCAAGUCCAAGCGUUCUUGAGCCAGAGUCUACAGUGUUAUCUGAACUUGCAAGUUUGGAAAACUACGUCCCUUUAAACAUGCUCCAACUAGAGGAUCGUUUGAAGCAGUGUACACUGCUCAAACAAAGACAUGUCACCAAUGUCUGGCCCAGGAUCUUCAUCGGAGAUGAAGAGGCUGCAACAGACCGAGAUAUGCUGCAGGAGAUGUGCAUCACUCACAUUCUGAACGCUGCAGCGCCCAAAAAGGACUUGAACUACUUCUUGGGAAAAUCUUAUGUUGAAGAUCUAGAAGGAACAGUCAAUACAGGGUCCAGAUAUUACAGAGGCUUGCACAUCAAUUAUUACAGCUUGCCUACAACGGACAGACACUGUUCUGACAUCAGCAAGUGCUUCAUGCCAGCUGCAAAAUUCAUUGACAAGGCCGUGAAUAAGCCAGGAAGUAAGGUGUUGAUUUGCUGCAAGCAGGGUGUCGACCACUCUGCGACUCUGUUUCUGGCAUAUCUGAUGAUCUGCCAUGACAUGAUGGUGGAGGAUGCCAUUGAUGACGUCAUAAAGUCGAGACGCAUCCAGCCCUCCAGAGACUUCCUGAAGGAGCUGAUGCUCCUCAAUGCUGACCUUGUGAACAAGCGAAAACUAAAACUAGAGGACAUAAAAAAAGGCAAAAAGAGGAGAAAAUGGCAGCUAAAAAUGAUCUCAAAGUAA